CCUGCCCGCGGGGCUCCGCGACAGGCGCGACCCCCGUGCGUCCCACCGGUCACCGUCUCCAGGCAUGCCUGAGCCAGCGCGAGCUCUCCCCACCUGCAGCGUCGGCCCGAUGGGGUGUUGACCCUCCGCUCCCCGCCCCAGCGCCAUGUGGCCCAAUGGCACCUCUCUGGGGCCCUGUUUCCGGCCCACCAACAUCACCCUGGAGGAGCGGCGCCUGAUCGCCUCUCCCUGGUUCUCGGCCUCCUUCUGCGUGGUGGGCCUGGCGUCCAACCUGCUCGCCCUGAGCGUGCUGGCAGGGGCGCGGCAGGCCAGCUCGCAGGCGCGCUCCUCCUUCCUCACCUUCCUCUGCGGCCUGGUGCUCACCGACUUCAUGGGGCUGCUGGUCACCGGCGCGAUCGUGGUGUCCCAGCACGCCAUCCUGUUCGACUGGCGCGCCGCGGACCCCGGCUGCCGCCUCUGCCAGUUCAUGGGCGUCAUCAUGGUCUUUUUUGGCCUCUGCCCACUGCUGCUGGGGGCCGCCAUGGCCUCGGAGCGCUACCUGGGCAUCACCCGGCCCUUCUCGCGGCCCGCGGGGGCCUCGCAGCGCCGGGCCUGGGCCACGGUGGGGCUGGUGUGGGCGUCGGCGCUGGCGCUGGGCCUGCUGCCCCUGCUGGGCGUCGGCCGCUACACGGUGCAGUACCCGGGCUCCUGGUGCUUCCUCACGCUCGGCGCCCAGCCUGGGGACGUGGCCUUCGGGCUGCUCUUCACCCUCCUUGGCAGCUUCUCGGUGGGGCUGUCCUUCCUGCUCAACACGAUCAGUGUGGCCACCCUGUGCCACGUCUACCACGGGCGGGAGGCCGCCCAGCAGCGCCCGCGGGACUGCGAGGUGGAGAUGAUGGCUCAGCUCACGGGCAUCAUGGUGGUGGCCAGUAUCUGCUGGAUGCCGCUGCUGGUCUUCAUCGCCCAGACGGUGCUGCGCAGCCCACCCGCCAUGAGCCCCAGCGGGCAGCUGUCGCGAGCCACUGAGCAGCAGCUGCUCAUUUACCUGCGCGUGGCCACCUGGAACCAGAUCCUGGACCCCUGGGUGUACAUCCUCUUCCGCCGGGCCGUGAUCCGCCGCCUCCACCCUCGCCUCAGCGCCCGGCCCAGGUCGCUGUCCCUGCAGCCGCAGCUCACCCAGAGACGCCCCGUGCCUUAGAGCCCGACGGCUGCAGGGGGCUCCCCCCGGCUGGCGCGUCCCUCCCGAGGACACAGCUGCCUGUUCUGGGGUUCCGGCAGCCCAGAGUCUCAGAAGGACCAAGCCUUGGAGUGGCAGGAUUGUGGGCUGCUCUCUAGCAGCCU